CUUCUCCUUCCUGGGCUCAUGGCCAGGGUUGGGGGCCAGAGUGAGACCAGCAGACAAGACGAGCAGCUUGACCUGGGCACCGAGCUGGGCUGGUAUGGACGUCACCAAGCAAGUAAAUAUGGAACCACCCCCACAGUGUCAGCUUUCCCAGAGUGGCUUCUCCCACUAUCUCUCACUUUCCCCAAGGGAAAGGGGUGAGGGCCGGGAAGGGAUCCUGCUGCCCGAUGCUCAUGGGAUGGAGAUGGCCGACCUGGGAGGCUCUGGGACAGCCGAGGGGCAUGGGGAGCAGCCCAGCGGACCCUCGGCCCCAGCAGGGAGUGAGCCUUUCGUGGGGGCGGCUGACUGGGACCCAGCCCGGCUGGACUCAGCAUUGUCAUGGCCCAAGGACAGAAUGACUGAGAACAUGAAGGAGUGCCUGGCGCAGACCAAGGCGGCCGUGGGGGAUAUGGUGACCGUGGUGAAGACCGAGGUCUACUCACCACUCCGAGACCAGGAGUAUGGCCAGCCCUGCUCUAGGAGACCAGACCCCUCAACCAUGGAAGUGGAGCCCAAGAAACUGAAGGGGAAGCGUGAGCUCAUCAUGCCCAAAAGCUUCCAGCAAGUGGACUUCUGGUUCUGCGAGUCCUGCCAGGAGUACUUUGUGGAUGAGUGCCCGAACCACGGUCCCCCAGUGUUUGUGUCCGACACGCCAGUGCCCGUGGGCAUCCCAGACAGGGCUGCCCUCACCAUCCCGCAGGGCAUGGAGGUGGUCAAGGAAGCCAGUGGGGAGAAUGACGUGCGAUGCAUAAAUGAGGUCAUCCCCAAGGGCCACAUCUUCGGCCCCUAUGAGGGGCAGAUCUCCACCCAGGACAAAUCAGCUGGCUUCUUCUCCUGGCUGAUUGUGGACAAGAAUAACCGCUACAAGUCCAUAGAUGGGUCAGAUGAGACUAAAGCCAACUGGAUGAGGUACGUGGUCAUCUCCCGGGAGGAGAGGGAGCAGAACCUUCUGGCGUUCCAGCACAGCGAGCGCAUCUACUUCCGAGCGUGUCGGGACAUCCGGCCCGGGGAGCGGCUCCGGGUCUGGUACAGCGAGGACUACAUGAAGCGCCUGCACAGCAUGUCCCAGGAGACCAUCCACCAUAAUCUGGCCAGAGGAGAGAAGAGGUUGCAGAGGGAGAAGUCUGAGCAGGCUCUGGAUAACCCAGAAGACCUGAGGGGUCCCAUUCAGCUCCCCGUGUUGAGACAGGGCAAAAGCCCGUACAAGCGUGGCUUUGACGAGGGGGAUGCGCACCCCCAGGCCAAGAAGAAGAAGAUCGACCUCAUUUUCAAGGAUGUGCUGGAAGCAUCACUGGAAUCCGCCAAGGUGGAAGCGCACCAGCUGGCUCUGAGCACCUCGCUGGUCAUCAGGAAAGUCCCCAAGUACCAGGACGAUGCAUACAGUCGGUGUGCCAUGACCAUGUCGCACGGCGUGCAGAAUGUCAGCCGGACCCAGGGGGAAGGGGACUGGAAGAUCCCCCAGGGGGCUUCCAAGGAGCCAGGCCCGUUGGAGGAUGAAGAAGAAGAGCCUUCAUCCUUCAAGGCCGACAGUCCCGCCGAGGCCUCUCUUGCCUCCGACCCUCACGAGCUUCCCACCACCUCCUUUUGCCCUAACUGUAUUCGCCUAAAGAAGAAGGUCCGGGAACUCCAGGCCGAACUAGACAUGCUUAAGUCUGGGAAGCUUCCUGAACCCCCGGUAUUACCAGCACAGGUACUAGAGCUGCCGGAGUUCUCCGACCCUGCAGCCUCCGAGAGCAUGGUGUCCGGCCCUGCCAUCAUGGAAGACGAUGACCAGGAGGUCGAUUCUGCAGACGAAUCCGUCUCCAAUGACAUGCUGACUGCCGCCGACGAGCCCUCCAAGAUGUCAUCUGCCACCGGGCGCCGAAUCCGACGCUUUAAGCAGGAGUGGCUGAAGAAGUUCUGGUUCCUGCGGUACUCCCCGACCCUCAACGAGAUGUGGUGCCACGUCUGCCGCCAGUACACGGUGCAGUCCUCCCGCACGUCGGCCUUCAUCAUCGGCUCCAAGCAGUUCAAGAUCCACACCAUCAAACUGCACAGCCAGAGCAACCUGCACAAGAAGUGCUUGCAGCUCUACAAGCUGCGCAUGCACCCCGAGAAGACGGAGGAGAUGUGCCGCAACAUGACUCUGCUCUUCAACACCGCCUACCACCUGGCCCUCGAGGGCAGGCCCUACCUGGACUUCCGGCCCCUGGCCGAGCUCCUGAGGAAGUGCGAGCUCAAGGUGGUGGACCAGUACAUGAACGAGGGCGACUGCCAGAUACUCAUCCAUCACAUCGCCCGCGCGCUGCGGGAAGACCUGGUGGAGCGCAUCCGCCAGUCGCCCUGCCUCAGCAUCAUCCUGGAUGGGCAGAGCGACGACCUGCUGGCCGACACGGUGGCUGUCUACGUCCAGUACACCAGCAGCGAUGGGCCCCCGGCCACGGAGUUCCUGUCCCUGCAGGAACUCGGGUUCUCCAGCACCGAGAGCUACCUGCAGGCACUCGACCGCGCCUUUUCGGCCUUGGGCAUCCGCUUGCAGGACGAGAAGCCGACCGUGGGCCUGGGCAUCGACGGGGCCAACGUCACCGCCAGCCUGCGCGCCAGCAUGUUCAUGACCAUCCGCAAGACGCUGCCCUGGCUGCUGUGCCUGCCUUUCAUGGUGCACCGGCCCCACCUCGAGAUCCUGGAUGCCAUCAGCGGGAAGGAGCUCCCCUGCCUGGAGGAGCUGGAGAACAACCUGAAGCAGCUGCUGAGUUUCUACCGGUACUCGCCGCGCCUCAUGUGCGAGCUCCGCUCGACGGCCUCCACCCUGUGCGAGGAGACGGAGUUCCUGGGGGACAUCCGGGCCGUGAGGUGGAUCAUCGGGGAGCAGAACGUCCUCAACGCCCUCAUUAAGGACUACCUGGAGGUGGUGGCCCACCUCAAGGACGUCAGCAGCCAGACCCAGCGGGCAGACGCGUCCGCCAUCGCGCUGGCCCUGCUGCAGUUCCUCAUGGACUACCAGUCCAUCAAGCUCAUCUACUUCCUCCUGGACGUGAUCGCCGUGCUGUCACGCCUGGCCUACGUCUUCCAGGGCGAGUACCUCCUGGUGUCCCAGGUGGACGACAAGAUCGAGGAGGCCAUCCAGGAGAUCAGCCGGCUGGCCGACUCCCCGGGGGAGUACCUGCAGGAGUUCGAGGAGAACUUUCGAGAGAGCUUCAAUGGGAUUGCCAUGAAGAACCUCAGGGUGGCCGAAGCCAAGUUCCAGUCCGUCAGGGAGAAGAUCUGUCAGAAGACCCAGGUGAUCCUGGCUCAGAGGUUUGAUUCCCGCAGCCGGAUCUUCGUGAAGGCCUGCCAGGUGUUCGACCUGGCUGCCUGGCCCAGGAGCAGCGAGGAGCUCAUGAGCUACGGCAAGGAGGACAUGGUGCAGAUCUUUGACCACCUGGAGGCCAUCCCCACCUUCUCCCGGGAUGUCUGUAGGGAGGGGCUGGACCCCCGGGGCAGCCUGUUGAUGGAGUGGCGGGAACUCAAGGCUGAUUACUACACCAAAAAUGGCUUCAAGGACCUGAUCGGCCACAUUUGCAAGUACAAGCAGCGGUUCCCGCUCUUGAACAAAAUCAUCCAGGUCCUCAAAGUCCUCCCCACCUCCACCGCCUGCUGCGAGAAAGGCCGCAACGCCCUGCAGCGGGUUCGCAAAAACCACCGCUCCCGCCUGACCCUGGAGCAGCUCAGCGACCUGUUGACAAUCGCUGUGAACGGCCCGCCCAUCGCCAACUUCGAUGCCAAGCGAGCCCUGGACAGCUGGUUUGAGGAGAAGUCUGGCAACAGUUACGCGCUGUCCGCCGAGGUCCUCAGCAGGAUGUCCGCGCUGGAGCAGAAGCCGGUGCUGCAGACCGUGGACCACGGGUCCGAGUUUUACCCGGACAUCUAGGGGGCCGGCGUCCCAGAGUUCACUAAGCUGUUGAAUAUUUUUUUAAUCUAUACUCAUAAGCUUUGAUAUAUUAUAUAAAUAUAUAUUAUAUUAUAUAUAUAUAUACAUAUAUAUAUAUAUAUAUAAACCCACACUGAAAAUUUUUAAAAACCAAGGUGACGCGUCCACCAGAAGCCACUGGGAGCUUUCACAAAGGAAUGAUGUUGGAAACGGAGUCUUGUCUACAAGAUCUGGCAGCUGCGACCUACGUGGCCAUCCAUCAUUUUCACUCACAGAAGCACGUGCUGGGGACACCCGCGUGCCCACCUCACAGCCAACCAACAGCCUAAGCUAAAAUGACGGGUCUCUGUCAUCACCUUUAGGUGGUUUGUUUCAUUUAUGUUUUUGCUUGGGGGUUGAGGGGUUUGGGUUUGGGAUUAUGUUCUUGCCUUUGCUUUUCUCAUUUGGUCGACGAUGGGGGUUCUGGGCCUCCGCGUCGACAUGCUGGUGGAGCUGAAUCCCAUCUCUGGUUUCCGAUGGGGUGGGUAUUGUACCUGGAUCGGGGUGCGUGACUCCUUCCCCCUCCCACCUGAUUUCAGCCUCAGAGGUUUGUAUUCAUUUCCUGAUGAGCGUUCUUUCACUGUCUUAGAAACAAAUGUGUCGGUCAAACUGUGACACCCACCACUUCCCCACCUCGAUCUCCUCUCCGGUCCCUGGGUUACGGAUUCCCUCCUUCCAGCCCCCUGGAUCCUAAUUACCUGUUAUACUGAAGGCAAAAUUGCCUCACAACCAAGCUUGAAAUCCUGGGGAAGGGAUAAGGUGUGUGGGUGGGGGUGGGGGGAUUUUUUUUUUUUUUUUUUUUUUUGCAUUCCUGUUCUUAUACGGCAUGGGGUAAAAUAAUAUAAUUCCAGUCAGAUCCAGGACUGUGGGGGAAUGAAGAGCCAAGAAAUCCAGACCCUAACAGGGCAGUGAUUUUUGGCUAAAAGCAAAGUAAAAUGAAAAGUAUGUAUUCCAUUUACAUGGAUUAUUUAUGCUCUGUCUUUAUAAUCACGUAACGUGUUGGGGAUUUUUUUUUAUUAUUAUUCCUUUAAUAAUCAAAUGCCUGCUCUAGUUCAGUGGCAGGAGAUGUCAAUGCAAGUUGUGCCCUGGGUUAUGCGUGACUCAAAGGAGGGUCUCUAGAGCUUGAGGCCUUCUUUUGUGACAAGGCUGGUACCAGACCCUUCAGCCUGGCAGGAGGCAGUGGGAAACCAGGCAUUGAAUCUAUGCCUGGAAAUGCUUCCUUUUUUGAACAGGGUAGAGAUGUCCUAAAGAAAUGGUAUAAACAAGAGGUCAGACAGGACUCUCAAGGCAACAGCCUAAACACACACACACACACACACACACACACACACAUGCACGCCCACGCACCUGCACACACACAACCAUGAUAUAAGCUUUAGAAAUAGCCACUUGCCUACUCCCUGGGGCAAGUAGUGGUUUAAGCUAGAGGAGUCUGAUCAAUGCUCUUUUGUUCAUUUAACUACCAGUAUACCUCGCAAGGGAGUUUUAAAAAAAAAAUGUGCGUGAGCUGUUAAAAACUUCUGUUCAUGUUUCCACAUCUGAUUUAUGCAUAUUUGAUAUGCAGAGAUCCUGUACUGUGGAUGCAGGUCCUAUCUGGGGGACGGAGGAAGAGCUGCAUUGUCCGUGGUCAGUUCUGCUGGGAGCCACCCCUCUCACUUGGCAGAGGGUGGGCAAAGGAUGGUGUGAUCUGGCCACAGGCAAAGCCCCGUGUCCCCAACCUGCUUGGCUCAGACAUAAAACUGUGGUGGCUUCCUUCCUUCUUGGUUUAUCUUGUCUCCGAGGCCUCAUGCCACUGUUGAGAACCAUAGUGGAAAUGUCAUCAACACUGAACAUGUCACUUCCCCUUCCUUGUCCUGCCAGUCCCUUCACCCUCCACACGUCCCUUUCCCCCACCCCUAUGGUCUUGGUGCUAAGAUAACUUUAGAAUCAUUGCUGCUAGUCGAUAGCUUUUCAUUAUAUAAAUAUAUUAUAUAUAUAUAUUAUAUAUUAUUUUUGAAACUUUUUUGUUUGUUUUCAACAGUGAUGUAGCAUGUUAAAAAAUACAAGAAACAAAAAAACAGGUUUUCUCCAACUGUCCCACUGCCAGGCCUCAUAUGCUGCCUUCUUCAACAAAUCAAUGCACCCCUGCCUGGUGACAUUCACCCGCCAGCCUCCUCCCCAGGCCCGCAGACUUCCCCACCCUCCUCCGAACAAGGAGAGAGCAGGAACUGGCAAGGAAAUGCCCAAAGCUCUUUCUGAGGCUUUGGAGUUCCCAGCUUCAGAUCAUGUCCGUACUCCAAGGUGGUGUGCUCCCCACCCCCCCAACCCCCCUCUUCCCAUCCGGGUCAGUACUUGUUGUCAAGUGGGAUACUGUUGCAAAGCACAAGGUUCCAGCUUUCCCUCCCUGACAUCGUCUCCAUCGCACACACAAACUAUCGCGUCUGUGGGGGCUUUCUUUGAACAUCGCACAGGCUAAUAAGUAAGAUGGGUUGAGGGCAGAGAUGGCUGGCAAGGGGGCCUUGGCGGGGGCCAGAAACAGUAGGUUGGGAUGCUUUUUUCUAGCCACCAAUUGCCUUACACCUUCUCCUUUUCCCUUCUGCUCCUCUCCACCUGCUACAUUGGGAGCCAUGCCCUGGGUCACUUAUUUGAAAACCAGGAAGAGAGAAUUCUUGAUGUCUGCCUGAGUACUAGUCAGGGCUGUGACUGUUUCAAGAGGCCAUGGCCAAAAUCAGCGCAAAUUUUUAUCCAGAGGGGAGAAUAAAUCCUUCGGGCCUGUGCCAGCAUCUCCCCUGUGUCUCCCGAGAGAGCUGGGAGCCGGUAGCCUGCCUCUGAGCUAGAGGUGUGAGCUGCUGCUAGCAGCACAGGACGGCGGGUGGUCACCUGCCGAGCCGGGCUCCAAGCCUCGGGCAGGUCGAGCUCUCCUGGGGGCAUUUCUGGGUUUGGCAAGACGCUCUAAAACUCUGGGUGCUCGUGACUUAUGUAGAAUCCAGCCAGGCCUGGGCCGUGCCAGGCACUCUGAAGGCCACUUUGCCUCGGGACAGGGAGUAACCAGGGAACAAUGUGGGUGACACACCACUGCAAUUUACACAGGGUCUUUUUCAACCUGGUUGCUUCCAGAAGGCUCAGUGCUUCCAUCCUGUGAAUGCUGCAUGUGAUUUCUAUCAUAGGAGUUUCCACUCUUCUGACUCCUUAGGGAAGACCCUUGGGUUAAUGGGACCCACAGGGUCUAGCCUAGGGAAUCAAAUGCUUAUGUAGCCUAAUCUCCCUUUGAUGGGCAUGAAAAGCUGUGGCCGGGCGGUCCUGGCAUCCCAAAUGUGGUCACUUCCGAGGAGAUAGAGCCCUUUAACUCAGCCACUGGCUUAGAAUGACAUGUUCGUCUCUGGGGUUGAGACUUGUCCUAAUUGGGCUGGCUGACUAGGGACUUUCUUUGGCUCAUAGAGAGGGGUGGGGAGGGAGUUCAGGUUCAUGGCCAUUUGUGCCAAGCUGAUACAUUGCAGAGCCCGGGAGCCACAAGCCCUUGGGAUGAGAUGGUUUGCUUCUCCUCCGUGGAGGGAAAAGACCCCCAUUUGCCAUCUGCUAUCUGUGAACCCCCAGUACAGCCCAGGCCUGUCUGCAGCUCUUGCCAUGUAGAAUCCCCACGUUCUGCCUGCCUGGUUGAAUGUGAGAGUCCCGGCAUCCAAAACACCAGCUUUGUAUUUUAUUUUAUUUUUACUCACGACUGCCUGCGACAUCCGGUAGUACAAGGCAGAUCCUUGCUUUCUCAUCCUCGCUGGAGAAUGAGAGCAGGCUUGAGCUCCAGGGUGUCUGCAGGGCCAGCUUUGGUGCUGGGCCCUGAAUCAAGAGCCCCAGCCCCCACUACAUGUUUCCAUGUUGAGUUGUCUUGCUGAGCCCCCUCUCCUUGACUUGCUUAUGUCGACCCCGUAAUUUGGAGGAAGGACCUUGUAAUUAUUUAAGGUAAUGUUUAAAUAUUACCCAUUUGUUUGGACGUGAUAUCAAGAAGGAGGAAAGAGAGAAAAGCAUGUAGGGGGCUGAAAAUGAUCGUGGCGACCAAGAAACAGACUAGAAGCUUGGCCCGGCCAGGCUGUGGGGCUGCCGUUCACCUGGAGCCCCGCCGCAGGGUCCAGGAGGCGGACUGGGGGUUGAAGUGGAACUUCUAGAUUCCUCCCCCUCCCUUUCCCCCCACCCCCACUCCUCCAGGGAUAGGAAUUCUGGAUCCGGAUCUGGUUUUGGCAUGUGGUCUGGGUGGAUUUCCAAGUAGAAUCAUUCUUUUUUCUAGGUCCCACACUCAGUUUGUGCAGAGGGCUCCAGUGACACUGGACCUCAUGUCCCUCCGCCCCGUCCAGUGGCUGCCCUAGGCAGGCCAGCCUGGGGCAGUGAAAGCAGGGAGGCCAGGCCUCCUUAGGUGGGAAUGGCGAGUUUGGACAGCAGGUGACCUUGGGACAGUCCCAUUCCAGAUGCCACCCUCCUGAGGGAGGUGGUGCUGGGUCAUGGGUUCUGCUCACGGUUUCCUCCUCACGUCUUGAGGAAUGAAGAUUUUGUCCAGAGGCACCCAGGGCCCUACUUCUGCUUGGAGGGAGACCCUCUCUUGCUCUCUGUUCACAGGGUCCUUUAGCUAAGCGGAUGGAGCUGUGAUAUUUCUGGGAGCCUUUGCCGUGAUCUUGUGGGUUAGCCAGAGGGAGAAAAAGUGCCCUUUGGGGAGGAAGAUGGUACGGCCCUCCUCUUCCAUCUGGCUUUCGGUCCCCUCCCGCCCCAUCCCCUGAAGUGGUGUUUUCUGGAAAUACCUAUGCAAUCCAGUCUCCCUAGGAGAGCGAGCGCAUGGAAGCAGGGGGUACGUGCAGUGUAUAAUACAAAUGCUACAGCAUAUAUAUUGUAUAUAUGGACAUAUACAGUACGGAUACACACAGAGUAAGAGAUUAAAUCACGUCUAUAUAUCUAUAAAUAAUAUCCUAUAUAUUUAUACAUUUCUAUGUUUUAAAUAGAUAUAAAAAUAGAGUCUAUAGAGAGCUGAGAGAGCAACGGGAAAGCCUGUCGCGGGUCGUGGGUCGUGCGGAGGGAGCUGCGGGAGCCGGGCAGGCCGGCUUUGCUGGGACCCAGCGCAGCAGAGGACAGUCCCCGGGUCCCCGCCCUCUCCAUGCACUUUCUCUCCUUUGCGGGAGGAGACCCUGGCGCCCCAGCUCCCGCCGCAGAGCCCCCUGUGUCCUCCUCACCCCGCACCCCUGCAAGUCAGUGCUGCUUGGCACUAGGACGCGGUCUGGGGCCCCCGUGGAGGGACCACUGCACAAUUCCCCCCACCCCCACCCGCACCCCGGGGAGGAGCAGCACCGGCAGCAAUAGGAAGGGUGCCAACUGGCCCGGAGGGGGGCCCAGGGAAGAUGCGGGGAGGGGGGGGAUGCCGCCCUCCCCGCUUAGGUGCUUCCGCCGCCCCGGAGGCCCAGCCUCUGCAGCGAGGCCGCCCAGGCCGGGCCCUGGAGGGG